CCAUUGGAGGGGGGACCCACGUUGCCUCUUCGGGCUGUGCCCGGCCGGGCCCCAUGGGGACAGGCCCGGCCACCAGGCGCUCGCCAUCGUGCCCCAACUCCGGGCCUGGCUCCGGAGGGGGGCCCCGGGGACCCGCGUCCGGGCGAGGGAAAUCUGAGUCUGGGUUCUUGCAUUUCCAUAGAAGUCUUCGAGCUGCUCUUUGUCUGAUCCCUCACCUAGGACCUGUUUGUCUUGGGAGACCCUACCAGGGGGCAUGGAAGCCCCCGGACAACAUAGCUCCUAGGAUCAUUGGGACACGCAAACUCCUCUACCACGUUAAGGUGGCAGCUCAGAGAGGAGAUGUUGAAAACAUUUCCUGCAAAUGGGUGCAUUUCUACCCUAUAUUUUAACUUUAGAUUUAUUCUCAUAUCAAACUCUUUUGGCUGUCUUUUUGACACUUACAUCCGGCGCCCCCCUCCACACCCCGGAUUAUAAAUAAUGUCAAUAAUUCAAUGUGAUUAUCUUGUGUGAUGACUGUAUUAUGAUGAUAGCAUAUAUCUGAUAGUAUAUGUCUGUAUCAUGAAUCAAUGUAAGUGGACCCCGACUUAAACAAGUGUAAAAACGUAUUGGGGUGUUACCAUUUAGUGGUCAAUUGUACGGAAUAUGUACUUCACUGUGCAACCUACUAAUACAAGUCUCAAUCAAUCAAUCCAAACACAUAGAAUCAUCAUACUGCUGUGAUUAUAUGCAUCAAGUGUUCAUUCAAGGCUAAGGCAAAAUAUCGCGAUAUAUAUCGUGUAUCGCAAUAUGGCCUUAAAAUAUGGCAAUAUUAAAAAAAGGCCAUAUCGCCCAGCCCUAGUUCAAUGAUGCCAUUUCUGUUUGUCAUGUAUAAUUUGGUCUAUUUUGUGUUUAUCCUUGAAUAAACAGGUCAGUUUCUUGUUACCAACCAUUGUGUAUUAUUCAAAGUCCCCUAAUUCAGCUGGCUAGUUGUUAUCAAGAGUACCGAAACCCUUUUCAACAUGAUUCUGACAACUAAGUAGGCUAAAUAACUUUCAACUUGAAUACAUGCUCGGAUAGGUCAGUAUCGGUAUCGUAUCGGAAGUGCAAAAACAAUAUCGAUAUCGGAUCGGAAGUGCAAAAACCUGGAUCGGUGCUGCAGAAGAAGACAACAAGCCACAAGAGUGAGCAGCGAUCGUUUGCUUGCACUUUUAACAUGGAGGAUUACAUAUCUCAAAUAAAACCGUUUUCUAAACUGGACUUUCAAUGGAAGCAGGAGGUAAUACUUAAAGGAAUAUCUCCAUCGAGACAGAGAGACUUUUAAAACUGAAGAAAGAUAAAGAAGGCUUCUAUAAACAGGUUAUCCAUGCUUUUGAUCAGAAGCAGCUGCGCAUGGACUCAUAAGUAAAGGUAAGACCAUAAUAACGUUUUUUUUGUAAUUAAAUGUGCUUUUCAUGAUGGUAUCCUUACAUCACUCAAAUUUAUAAGCGCAGGCCUAAAUUUACCCCACGCCUUUUGGUAAGCGCAGGAGUGAGAAGAGGUUUUAAAUCAAUUAGCGCCCCGACGGCUAUUCAAGGAAAUACGGUAUGUGACGCGUCGACGCACAAAAACGGCGUCGACGUAUUUACGUAAUCGAUGACGUCGACGCGUCGUUUCAGCCUAAAUCUCAUUGUAAAGAGAAUUCCAUAGUUGAACCCCCACCACUGAUAUGCACAUUUGUUUUCAAGUUGUCCCUGAAUACCGAUGUUGGAAAUGACCUUUUCUUCUAUGCUCUUCAUUCUCACAAGUGAUGACAAACAUUUGUUGUCAAUUUGCUGCUAAUGUUUUACUUGUAGCCUUAAACGUGACACAUGAUGUCUGUAACUUUACUAGCUGCUGUAGUUUCAUCCAUCCAUCCAUUUUCUACCGCUUAUUCCCUUUGGGGUCGCGGGGGCGCUGGAGCCUAUCUCAGCUGCACAUGGGCGGAAGGCGGGGUACACCCUGGACAAGUCGCCACCUCAUCGCAGGGCCAACACAGAUAGACAGACAACAUUCACACACUAGGGCCCAUUUAGUGUUGCCAAUCAACCUAUCCCCAGGUGCAUGUCUUUGGAGGUGGGAGGAAGCCGGAGUACCCGGAGGGAACCCACGCAGUCACGGGGAGAACACGCAAACUCCACACAGAAAGAUCCCGAGCCCGGGAUUGAACCCAAGACUACUCAGGACCUUCGUAUUGUGAGGCAGACGCACUAACCCCUCUGCCACCGUGCUGCCCCUGUAGUUUCAAUAAACCAUAAUUAAUAAUUAAUAUGUUAGUGUGUUCUAAGUGAUCUACUUUAUGAAUAAUCCUUAUAGCUCUUUUCUGUAGUUGAUACAAUGCCUUUAUGUUACUCUUAUGUGUUCCCCCACACUUCCACACAGUAGCUGAUGUAUGGCAAUGUAAGUGUGCACAAUUGCCCUAUAAUCUAACACAUAUUUGACCUUAUUUAAUAUAAAAAUACUCUUAGACAUUUGUUUCCGUACAUGUGCAAUAUGAGAUUUCCAUGUCAGACCGUCAUCCAGUAUCACUCCUAAAAAUCUAAGUUCAGAAACCCUUUCAAUAUCAAUUCCAUCUAUUGACAGUGUGAUCCUUUCCUCCCUUUUCCUCUUACAAGACAUCAUGAACUUUGGUUUUUUUUACAUUUAAUGAUACUUUAUUGACAUCAAACCGUCUCUUAAGUUGAAUCAUUUCCUGUUCAAUAAUGUUUGAUAAUGCUUUUAAGUCAUGUCCCGAACUAGAAAAGUUGGUGUCGUUCGCAAUUAAUACAAAUGUCAAUAACUUUGAUACCUCACAUAUAUAAAAUAAACCAUUUUGGUCCCAAAACCGAACCUUGUGGAAGUCCACAUUCAAUCCUCAUGUGUUCAGAUGGAUUACCCACAACAUCCACAACCUCUUGUCUAUUAUCUAAAUAACUUCGUAGCCAGUCUAAAACUACUCCUCUCACACCAAAUGAAUAGAAUAGGGAUCCAUCUCGGUUCACACUCCAUUACAGUAGGUGGCGGUAAUGCACACCACAAGGUUGCUUGCCAACCGCCAUAAAAAAUCAAAAGAAGAAGAAGAAGAACGGGCGUGCGUGCGUGAGGGGACGUGACGUCUGACGUCACUACCCCUAGCGGUUUAGGGCACGUAUCCAGAACAUUCGGGAUGUCUGGACGCUAGCUGGAGGUGAGGCGGGAGCGAAGAAAAGUGGAAAAAGAGUGUUAUUCGUCAAAAAACCCACACGACGACGGUCAUUUUUUCGCCGUGCUAUUGUAAAAUGGUCUUUUAUCUGUGUUUUGUGUUCCGGCUCCAGAAUUUGAAAGUUCCGCGCGUGAAGCCGGUGAGUAACGUAGAAAAUGAACGUUUCAAAAGUUCAAUAAGGUUAACUUAGGCUAUCUUUUGCUCGACGCAGUGAAUGUGUGCAGGUUACAUGCUACGAUAUUCCACAUAUUUCCAAGUGGUUGAAACCAAAGCCUAUGACUUUAUUGUCAGUGUUGUUUGUAGGCCCAGGUCGCUAACGUUACUUUGUUACUGUCAACAACGUAACGUUAACGUUGAGGGUAACGUAGUGGAAACAGACGUUCUUUGCCUUGAUAAAUAUGCAGAGGACGACGUGUUUCAAAUAUUGGUGAAAUGUUUGAAUUAAGCAGUUACUGCAUAUGUGAAAGUUUUUUUGAAAUGAUCAGACUUUGGAGAAAAAAGCAAAAUCAUAAUAUGUUCAGAAGGGCUGUCUAACGGAGUCGCCCUCGCCAAUAAGGGAUUGACCACGUAAUGCAGUACACUAUACAUCAUCAUAUGCAUUUUGCAUCUUAAGUCACAUUCUCUGUUAUGUUCUAGUACCAUAGAGUGCUUGGAAAUAAAGUUUGUCAUUUUGAGCAACAUUUAUCUUGUGUGACGUCUCUGCGCCACACAAGAGAGUACAAAUCACACAAGAGACUGAGAGAGAGCAGAUACUGAUAGAGAAACUCAUGCACACAACCUUUGGCCUUCGCCGGCGACACAUUGUUCAAGGAAGUUCAGGGGUGCGGGAAUUCCUGGAGAACUGGCCGGCCUCACAGGUGUUUGCAGAGUUUCAUCGUAUUACAAAUGUGAAUCGACGCAACCAGUUCUACUGUGAACUUGAGCGCUACACACCAAAACUGGUUGCACUGUAUCGACAGAAGUCCUCAAGGACUGGAAAGGGAGCAGAGGCACUGCAAGAGAUGCUGAGAAUUGAUGACUUGGAGGAAGAAUAUGACAUCAACAUGCGACGCACUCUGGUUCUUCGUGGACUUCCAGUGUAUCUCCGGGAGGAUGACACUGAAUUCUACAAAACCUGUAAUGGUGAAGAUGAGAUGGAGACCACUGACACACCACUGGCGUUUCUCUCUGUGGCCCCUGACUCCACUGGUUCCAGCAGCUCCAGCCCGGAGAACAUAUCCAUCGUGAUAGAGGAUGAAGUUGUUAUGAGCGAGCUUCCCAGGUUGGCUGAUGCAUUUGUGGUGCUGCUUGGUUCAAUCUAUGCAUCACACUUAGAUCAGUGCUUCUUAACCCGGGUUCCAUCCAACCCUAGGGGUCGGCCUCAGGGGUUCGGCGGAGCCUCCGCCACGGAGGUAAAGACACAUCCGACUUAUCGUGUAAAUAAAAACUUCUCCCUGUCGGCGUAUUAUGGAUACUCCCAAACAAUGUUCCCUCUAAUUUUCCGUUUGAUUGAUCGAUUGAAACGUUUACUAGCAGAUUGCAAAGGAGGAGAAUACAUGAUAUGAAACAGUACAGUACAUAUUCCGUACAAUUGACCACUAAAUGGUAACACCCCAAUAAGUUUUUCAACUUGUUUAAGUCGGGGUCCACGUUAAUCAAUUCAUGGUAAUGUGGGUAAGGUGUGUUAUUUGUUGUGAGUUUAUGCACUGUGUUGCUUUUGUUCUUUGAACAAGGUGAUGUUCAUGCACGCUUCAUUUUGUGCACCAGUAAAAUAACAGCACUUUUUCUUGAAUUUGAAAAAAAAAACAUUUUAUUUUUCACUAAAGUGAAACUGGUGGGGCUCGGUACCUCCAACAAGGUUAAGAACCACUGACUUGGAUUAUCCAAAGAAAGUCACUCACACAUUCACAUUCAUCCAGAAAGUCCUGCUGUGUCUGGAUGAUAACAAAGCACUGAAGCCAUGCCUACUCUGCCUGAAAAAUGACUUCUUCAAGUUUGAGUAACGAAGCAGCUGAGAAGUGCAUGCCUGCACUCAUUAACCAUGCAUAAAUGUGCUUCAGAUCAGCAUCAUUAUUGCAGCCAUGUUGUUCUACUGUUAACCUGUCUGAUUUCCAUAGACAUGUCUGUUCAAAUGUUGAAAGCACUUUUGCGUAUGCCCAGUGGGCUUUUUAUAAGUUUAGAAUGAGAGGUAAAUAUUUAGUUCAUUUUAUUGUACUGCCUCCUUGACCUCACUGAGCUGAGUCAGCCCUCAGUUGUAAUGA